GCAGAACGCACAGCAGCAGAAAGACGCCUGAGGACAACUUCUAUCCAAACUAUAAUUUAAACCUUCAAGUCAAUAUGCAUCCUAACUUGGGUACCUGGCUGGGCGCAGUGACGCUCCUCGUCUGGACCUUCAUAUGCAUCGGGACGCUUGCGGAAGGCUACCCGGUCAAACCCGAAACCCCCGGCGAAGAUGCGCCCGCGGAGGAACUGGCCAAGUAUUACUCCGCUCUCAGACAUUACAUCAACCUCAUCACAAGGCAGAGGUAUGGGAAGAGGUCCAGCCCCGACACACUGGAUACACUGAUCUCAGAAUUGCUGCUGAAGGAGAGCACAGACACGCUCCCACAGUCCAGAUAUGAUGAACCGUCGUUGUGGUAAUAGUGUCUCUGUCCCGGCCCAACAC